AUCGCAUCGCAUCCAGUGCACGACGCCACUCUGGGUGGGUCUGGGCAGGUGAGGCCAGUGCGAGCGAGUCCGCCCUCUCCUCCUGGCUUGGCUUCCACGGCCGCACCGCACCCUACCUCUCGUCGUCUUGCCGCCGAUCCUUCCUCCAAAACCUAGCCCGCCCGCCCUCCGACCUUCUAGAACCUUCCAUCCGAGCUGCCCUCCCCGCCUCCGCCUGCGCCGCCUGUCUCGUCACCUCCCUCCCGGCUGCGGCCUCCCAGAUCCGGUUGGAUCGAGGGGCAAGGUCAGGAGAUGGGGCAGGCCUUCCGGAAGCUCUUCGAUGCCUUCUUCGGCAACAAGGAGAUGCGGGUGGUGAUGCUUGGGUUGGAUGCAGCUGGGAAAACCACCAUACUCUAUAAGCUUCACAUUGGUGAAGUUCUCUCCACUGUCCCCACGAUAGGUUUCAAUGUUGAGAAGGUUCAGUACAAGAAUGUAGUGUUCACUGUGUGGGAUGUUGGUGGCCAGGAGAAGCUCAGGCCCUUGUGGAGGCACUACUUCAACAACACUGAUGCUCUGAUUUACGUGGUUGAUUCACUGGAUAGAGAGAGAAUCGGGAGAGCCAGGGCGGAAUUUCAGGCUAUAAUCAAUGACCCUUUUAUGCUUAACAGUGUGCUAUUGGUGUUUGCUAACAAGCAAGACAUGAGGGGAGCUAUGACUCCGAUGGAAGUGUGUGAGGGUCUUGGGCUGUAUGACCUGACGAACCGCAUCUGGCACAUCCAGGGCACCUGCGCUCUGAAAGGCGAUGGCCUGUAUGAAGGGUUGGACUGGCUAGCGACCACUCUGGAUGAAAUGCGUGCUUCUGGACGCAUAACCUCAGCAUCAUCAUCAGCGUCCUGAACCACUUAUAACAGGAGUAACAGACGAUUUGAUCCUCGUGAUACGCCCAUUGAAGGAUCAUCUUGCGAUUCAGGCUUUGCACGCUUUGUUUUCUUCUUUUGUGUUUCCCCAAUUGCUGUUGGCUAUACCUGUGCUAUGAACUGGGUGUGCAUCUUGCAAGGCUAGGUAGGCAGAGUUACAGUCGCCGGUUCGGUGGUGAUGGUGUAAGGGACGGUGGUGGUAUCGUACUCGUCUGCUAGUCGAAAGCAGGCAUCCUCAUCCAUCGCACCUCUGUGUGUGCGUGUGGAAGUGACUGUAAAUACUACCACUGAUGACAUGGCUCUCUUGUGGUUUCGUUGUCUGAAACUGAAGAAAUGGAAUCCCAUACAUACUUGUGUGUGC